AACGUUUUCUGCUUUGGGCAGUGAAGGAAGCGGAGCAGGCGAAGCUUUGCGUGAUCGCAGGUUGCAGCCUCUGUUUGGUCCUUGCGUUUUUAGUUCCGCCCAUCAUCACACCCUUGUGCUUACAAUAAAUAUCGUUUCUUGCUCCACUCUCCCUGCUGCUGCUUGUUCCUUGGACCAAGGUGCCCGCCCUACCCUGCCCGCUGUCAGCCGACGAUGGAGACAGAAAUUGAACAACAAGAAGAGACCUCGUUCAGUAACACAGAGACAAACGGUAAGCGCCCUGCUGAGGACACAGACGAGCAGAAAUCAUUCAAGCGCUCCAGGAACUCCGACGAGAUGGUGGAGCUUCGAAUUCUCUUGCAGAGCAAAAAUGCGGGAGCUGUGAUUGGGAAGGGUGGCAAAAACAUCAAAGCCCUCCGAACAGAUUACAAUGCCAGUGUGUCAGUCCCAGACAGCAGUGGGCCUGAGCGCAUCCUGAGCAUUAGUGCCGACAUCGAAACAGUCGGAGAGAUCCUGCUGAAGAUUAUCCCAACCUUGGAGGAGUACCAACAGUAUAAUGGGAUGGACUUUGACUGUGAGCUGCGUCUACUGAUACACCAAAGCCUGGCUGGCUCUAUCAUUGGGGUGAAGGGAGCAAAGAUCAAGGAGCUUCGAGAGAAUACUCAGACCAGCAUCAAGCUGUUCCAGGAGUGCUGUCCUCAGUCAACAGACCGGGUGGUGCUUGUGGGGGGGAAAUCUGAGAGGGUAGUUGAGUGCAUCAAGACAAUGCUAGAACUAAUUUCUGAGGCACCCAUUAAGGGCCGUGCCCAACCUUACGACCCUAACUUCUAUGAUGAAACCUAUGACUACGGUGGUUUUACCAUGAUGUUCGAGGAGAGAGGGGGCAGCCGCAGGCCUAUGGGAGGGUUCCCUAUGCGUGGGGGUAGAGUUGGAGGGGACCGUGGUUUUGACCGCAUGCCCUCUGGUAGGGGGGGACGGGGCCCCAUGCCCCCCUCCCGUCGGGACUACGAUGAGAUGAGUCCCCGCAGGGGACCUCCUCCAUCCCACCCUGGGAGGGGAGGCAGGGCUGGUGGCCGUGGACGCAACAUGCCUCUGGGACCUCCACAUAGAGGAGGAGAUGACCGUUACUAUGACUCGUACCGCGGCUCAGAUGACAGGUCAAACAGUGACAGAAGAGGCAGACCGGAUCGCUAUGGUGAUAACAUGGGUGGAAGUGGAUACGAUAAUAGUUCCUCCUGGGAUAACUACCCAUCUGGUGGACGUGGCUCCUAUAAUGACAUGGGUGGCCCAAUCAUCACCACACAAGUGACCAUCCCUAAAGAUCUGGCUGGCUCUAUCAUUGGUAAAGGAGGACAGCGGAUCAAGCAGAUCCGCCAUGAGUCAGGAGCAUCCAUUAAGAUUGACGAGCCUCUGGAGGGUUCUGAGGACCGCAUCAUAACCAUCAGCGGCACCCAAGACCAGAUCCAGAAUGCCCAGUUCCUUUUGCAGAACAGCGUGAAGCAGUACUCUGGUCAGUUCCUCUAAACCCAGAAGACUCAGAUUGAAGCAGACUCAGAUUGCCACCCCCUACCCCUCUCUCCCUCUCCAACACAGACCCCUCAGAUUAUUAUCCUGGAUUGUGGGUUUCUUUUUGAAUUUUAUUUUUGUAUUUUUUAAAUGAAAUGAGGUCCAACAUUCCUGUACGUAAAAUAAAUUGUAGAUGUUCUGCAUUUUUUUAAGAGUGUAGUCCACUACUUAUCUCACACACUCUGAAAUUGUAUUGUUUUUUUUUUUUUUUCAACACUCAUAUUUCUCAAAAUAUUCACCGGUGUGGAUCCUGGCAGACAAAAAUAAACAUGACCUUUAUUUUUGGAUGAGUUUGUUUUUUAUGAAGUGCAAGUGUAUGUUUGUCUGGAGUAUAUCUGUGCUGUUUGUAUGCAUGUGUGUAGGUAGAGUGCUUUUUCUUGUUCUCUGAAUUGAUGCCACACACAUAGCUGUGCCCCAUUACAACUCAGUGCAACGUGCAGAAUGUAAGCUACUUUCUUUUUCUUUGUAUGGAAUAUUGGGAUGCUUUGAUUUUUUUUUCUUUUUUGUUUUUGUUUUUUUAAUGAUGUAGGAUAUUGUCCUCCUUUUCAAGUGUUUUUGGGGUGUUGUUCGGGGCUCUUAAUUUUGGAGUGAAUGUCCUGAUCAUCACAUUACUCAGUGAAGCACCUGUAAGGUACAUGUCAUUCUUGACUAUAGUUGAUGAGAGUAAUCGGGAUUUUUUUUUUUCAGUAGCGUUCUGAAAGGGAUAAACGUGCUGAGCAAUUUGAUAUUGUAUGGUAGAAUGAAUAUGGAAAUGGUCCGCUUUGUCCCAGAAGUCUUGUGUGUUCACCUGUUUGCUCUCCGUGCUGUAGACUUCACACUGACAAACUGUAAAACGAAUAAAGAUGAUACCGCUUUUUACCAUAUGGAUUCGCUUUGUUUUGAUUAGCAUGAGGAUUGAAAGUCUUGCUGACAGAAAUGGCAACUGUAACAGUUUAAAUGUGUGAUCAAUUGAUCAGAUUUUGUUUUCGAACAGCAGAUUUUGUUCUCCCAAGUUUUAUUUACAAAAUUGAUGGUUUAUACAGAAACGACAAUACAAAAUGGGGGCACUGCAUAAUACACUCGUACAAUUAUACAAAUGAUAUUUACAAAAAAAUAUGUAAACAA